GGAGGGCUGCGGAGGGCAUGAGAAGGAAGCGGAGACGAGGGGGAGGCAGCGCGCCUUGUGCACUCGCCCCGGGCUGGGCUGGGCUGGGCAGAUGAGAAGGUCCCCGGCAGGGCAGGGCGCUUUGCAGCUAGGAUGAUGCUCCUGGUCGGCGGGCGGUAGUACUAUGAUUUGGUAUGUGGCCACUUUGAUAGCAAGUGUGAUCAGCACCAGAGGACUGGCAGCAGCUCAAGGUGCCCACGGCUUAAGAGAGGAACCCGAGUUUGUGACAGCUCGUGCUGGUGAGAGUGUGAUCCUGGGAUGCGACGUAAUCCACCCACUUACCGGCCAGCCCCCUCCUUAUGUGGUGGAGUGGUUCAAGUUUGGAGUGCCUAUCCCCAUCUUCAUCAAGUUUGGGUUCUACCCUCCCCAUGUGGACCCAGAAUAUGCCGGCCGUGCCAACCUUCAUGACAAGGCAUCUCUGCGCAUUGAGCAGGUUCGCUCAGAGGACCAAGGCUGGUACGAGUGCAAGGUGCUCAUGCUGGAUCAGCAGUACGACACGUUCCACAACGGCAGCUGGGUGCACCUCACCGUCAAUGCUCCCCCCACCUUCACAGAAACUCCCCCCCAAUACGUAGAGGCGAAGGAAGGCGGCAGCAUUACACUCACCUGCAUGGCUUUCGGGAACCCUAAGCCAACCGUCACCUGGCUGAAAGAGGGGGACCUCUUAGGUGCCAACAAUAAAUAUCAGGUUAGUGAUGGGAGUCUGACUGUUGUUUCCGUUAGUCGGGAUGACCGGGGCGCUUACACCUGCCGGGCUUAUAGCAUCCAGGGAGAGGCUGUGCACACUACCCGCUUGCUUGUCCAAGGACCCCCUUUCAUCGUUUCCCCUCCAGAGAACAUCACGGUUAACAUCUCCCAGGAUGCAAUGUUCACCUGCCAGGCUGAGGCAUAUCCAGGCAACCUGACCUACACUUGGCACUGGGAAGACGAGAACGUUUACUUUAAGAACGACCUAAAGCUGAGGGUUCGGAUCCUGAUUGAUGGGACGCUGAUCAUCUUCCGAGUCAAGCCGGAAGAUGCUGGAAAAUACACCUGCAUUCCAAGCAACAGCCUGGGGCGCUCUCCAUCAGCCUCUGCCUACCUGACUGUGCAGUAUCCUGCCCGUGUGGUCAACAUGCCACCCGUCAUAUACGUUCCUGUGGGGAUACAUGGAUACAUUCGCUGCCCAGUUGAGGCGGAACCUCCAGUUACCCUGGUCAAGUGGAACAAAGAUGGACGCCCUCUGCACAUUGAAAAGUUUUCUGGCUGGAGUCUGAUGGAAGAUGGCUCAAUUCGAAUAGAAGAGGCAACGGAAGAAGCUCUUGGCACAUACACCUGCGUGCCUUAUAAUGCCCUGGGUACAAUGGGCCAGUCCCCCCCUGCCCGACUCGUACUGAAGGACCCGCCCUAUUUUACGGUGCUACCAGGCUGGGAGUACAGACAAGAGGCAGGGAGGGAGCUGUUGAUACCCUGUGCUGCUGCAGGAGACCCCUUUCCUGCCAUCGCCUGGAGAAAGGUAGGGAAGCCCAGUAGAAGCAAGCACAACACCCUUCCAAGUGGCAGCCUCCAGUUCCGAUCUCUCAGCAAGGAUGACCACGGAGAGUGGGAAUGUGUCGCUACCAACAUAGUCACAAGCAUAACUGCUAGCACUCAUCUGACCGUCAUCGGCACAAGCCCCCAUGCCCCGGGCAACGUGCGCAUCGCUGUUUCCAUGACCUCUGCCAAUGUUUCCUGGGAGCCUGGCUAUGAUGGUGGAUAUGAACAGACAUUCUCAGUUUGGUACGGCCCUCUGAUGAAGCGGGCACAAUUUGGACCUCAUGACUGGCUCUCUUUCCCAGUGCCAACUGGGCCCAGUUGGUUCCUCAUGGAUAAUCUAGAACCGGAGACUGCCUACCAGUUCAGUGUCUUGGCCCAAAACAAGCUAGGCACGAGCUCCUUCAGUGAGGUGGUCACUGUGAAUACUUUAGCAUUCCCUGUCACAACUCCAGAACCCCUGGUGCUGGUUACUCCACCAAGGUGCCUAACAGCCAAUCGGACGCACCAAGGAGUCCUAUUGUCAUGGCUUCCUCCAGCCAAUCAUAGCUUUCCGAUUGACCGUUAUAUUAUGGAGUUUCGGGUUGGAGAAAGAUGGGAGAUUUUAGAUGACGCCAUCUUGGGAAGUGACAGUGACUUCUUUGCAAAGGAUUUGACUCAGGACACAUGGUACGAGUUCAGAGUUCUGGCUGUCAUGCAAGACCUCAUCAGUGAACCCAGCAACAUUGCCGGUGUAUCCAGCACAGACAUAUUUCCACAGCCAGAGCUGACUGAUGAAGGCUUGGCCCGGCCUGUGCUGGCUGGAAUAGUUGCCACCAUUUGCUUCCUCGCGGCUGCCAUCCUAUUCAGCACUCUAGCUGCCUGCUUCGUCAACAAGCAACGCAAACGGAAACUCAAGCGCAAAAAAGACCCUCCUCUCUCAAUAACCCACUGCAGGAAGAGUUUAGAGUCUCCCUUGUCCUCUGGGAAAGUGAGCCCUGAGAGCAUCCGGACGCUCCGUCCCCCCUCCGAAUCUUCCGAUGACCAGGGCCCACCUGGCAAGCGGAUGCUUAGUCCCAGCAAGGAGAAGGAGCUCUCCCUUUACAAGAAGACCAAGCGGGCCAUCAGCAGCAAGAAGUACAGUGUUUCCAAGGCUGAGGCAGAAGCUGAGGCGACCACCCCCAUCGAACUCAUCAGCCGUGGGCCGGACGGCCGUUUUGUCAUGGAUCCUUCGGAGAUGGAGCCCUCCCUCAAGACCCGCCGGAUAGAGGGCUUCCCCUUUGUGGAGGAGACGGACAUGUACCCGGAGUUCCGCCAGUCCGAUGAAGAGAACGACGACCCCGUGAUGCCUGCCUCUGUGACAGCCCUCAAGUCCCAGCUGACUCCUCUCUCCUCCAGCCAGGAGUCUUACCUUCAGCCACCAGCAUACAGCCCAAGGUUUCAUCGGGGCCUAGAGGGGACGGGCAUCAUGGAGAGCCGCCUCCAGGCCACGGGCCAGGCCAGGCCUCCUGCCCCCAGACCAUUCCACCACGGCCCGUAUUAUGGUUACCUCAGCAGCAGCAGCCCUGGCGAGAUGGACCCUCCGCCUUUCUAUAUGCCGGAGGUCAGCCCCCUCAGCUCUGUCAUGUCCUCCCCUCCUCUGCACCCAGAGGGGCCUUUUGGCCAUGCCACCAUCCCUGAGGAGAAUGGAGAGAACGCCUCCAACAGCACGCUGCCCCUGACCCAGACUCCGACGGGGGGCCGGUCCCCCGAGCCGUGGUGCAGGGCCGAGUUCCCUUUCAGCGGCCUGGAAUCGUCGCCCAUCAUGUUCCCCCACCAGCUCCACCAGUGCGAAAUGGCUGAGAGCCUGCAGCCAAAGGCCAGUCUUCCUAGGGGACCUCCACCUUCCUCGCUCCAGGUCCCCACGUCCUACCCUGGCAUCCUGGCCCUGGAGGCACCAAAGAGCUGGACUGGCAAGUCGCCAAGCAGAGGCCAACCUUCCAUGCCCACCGCCGCCAAAUGGCAGGACAAACCUAUGCAACCAAUGGCGAGUCAAGGGCAGCUAAGACACACCAGUCAAGGCAUGGGCAUACCUGUGUUGCCUUACCAUGGGCCGUCUGAGUCAGUCAGCCACACCGGCACAAGCACAUUUGGCCUGGACACCAGGUGGUACGACCCCCAACCCAGACCUCGGCCCAGCCCCCGGCAAGCCAGGAGGGCUGAGCCCAGUUUACAUCAGGUGGUGCUACAACCUUCGAGGCUUUCCCCCCUGACCCAGAGCCCCCUCAGCUCCCGCACCAGCUCCCCAGAGCUGACGGCGCGGGCCAGGCCACGGCCGGGCCUCAUCCACCAGGCGGAGAUGUCUGAGAUCACUCUGCAGCCUCCGGCAGCCGUCACCUUCUCCCGCAAGUCCACCCCGUCGACAGGAUCCCCUGCCCAGAGCAGCCGGGGAGGAAGCCCCAGCUUCCGGCCAGCCAUGGCUUUCACUUCUCUGGGCACCGGCUAUCCCCCCCCUCAGUGCCCCUCCCUGCCCGUGGAGCCCAUAGACGUCUUCGGACAAAUCCCCUCUCCGAGGAGGGGAGGGGAGGACAUUCUUAGGCCGGAGCCGACAUCGACAACCAGUUCGGGAAAACGUCCAUCUCCAACCCGGAACGCUGCUGCACCUGAGAGGCUCGAAGCUCUGAAAUACCAGCGGAUAAAGAAGCCCAAAAAGUCAUCCAAGGGCUCCUCGAAAUCCAAAAAACAAAUCAAUGGUUCUGCCUCCCAGGUUCAGCAACACCCUAACUCUCAGGUACUGUGGCCUGACGAAGCUGUCUGUCUCCGGAAGAAGAAGAGACAUCCUCGCCAGGACCCCUUUGCCCGCCUCUCAGCACUGAAGGAUGACCUCUGCCACCGGCAGGUUCCUGAGGACCAGACAGCCAUUCUCAACAGUGUGGACCAUGAUGAUUCCAGUGGGCAUGCAACCUUACUUUAGAGUAGCACCAGCCAGAGAAGGGACAAGGGGGAAGCUGGGUGUGUAUGUGUAGAGGGGAGGGGGCAAGAUAAGGGUGCAAAUAUAUUGUGAUCAGGCAGAUUCCACAGAGAAACAGUGGGGAGAGAAAAAGCUGGAGCACAGGGGUGUGUGCACGCAUGUGUGUUUGUGGCUCAUACCUACUGGAGGGUGUGGGCUUCAGUCUUGUUUUUGGGUACCAGCAUGGGGGGCGGGGGCGGGAAGUGCCUAACAAAGCAAUUAAUAACUUAUACAUGGUGCACAAUAGCCUUGUGUGGUAUUUGAUAGGAGUAAACCCAACAUCAAGUCUUUGACCAUUGCAGGGUGGGGGAGACCGUUUGCAUCUCCCUGUAGCAUUUUCGUUUGCAAUGCAAAUCCGUUAGGAUAGGCAAUAUCCAAAAUGAGACAGGAAGGGAGGUGGGCGGGCAUGGGGGAAACAUCCCUGCUUAAGCGAAUCAGCUUUGUUUGGAUCUCCUGCAGAGGGUCAGGCAAAGGAAGAGCUCAGUGCAAGGAGUUCUUUAGGAGAGGGAAAUGGAGCUUCGAAGUGACUACCCUUUGUAAAAAUAUUCGUCAUAAUGAUCUGGUGAGCCACAAACCUUCUUCUCUGUGCUGUGGCUUCCGUCUUAUGUGUCCUGGAAGGAGGAUGAGAUUUUACAACUUGGUUUCCAAAAUUAUAUGUAUACAGUGGGGGUUGUUUUUCUAAAAGAAAAAAAAGUAUAGAUACAGGAUACAAUGUAUAUUUAUACAGCGUGUGUUUCAAUUUAGGUAGAAAACACUGGGAGGGGGGGGGGAGAGAACAAGCUUUCCUAAUUUAGGGAGUGGGUUGGGAGUGAUAUCAGAAUUACCACAGGAGUAUCAUGGGAUGCAGUUAAGAAACCAAGAUUUCAAGCUGAGGCUUAUGACCCGAUGGAUUUUAUUAAUGUGGUGCAAAACUUACCAGCACACAAACACACGCGCACACAAAAACACGCAAAAUCUGCUUGUUACAACUGUCACACCUUUUUGAUGUCUGAAUAUUCUGAGUGAAAGUACAAAUUACAGUUUACUUUCUUAUCUGUCAAAUGAAGACCUAGAAUUAGAGUAUGUAUUGUGUUUUGCACAGUUGAAUCAAUGUACACGAGAACCUUCUUAAUUUCCACUAAAAAGGCUGGAAGGUACCUAUUUUUUCCCCAGAUUAGAAAAGAAGGCGGCAGCUUGUUGAAAAAUUCUGGUAUUUGCAUUCAUCUCCCUGAUCAUAGAUUGUUGCAAAUGGUAGGUUUAGAAUGGCUAAUUUAAAGGUGCAAAUCCCGAUAAUGCUAAUAUCUGUUCAGAAGUAUACUAUGAAGAAAAAGAGUCUUCGUACAGCAAAACCUUACUAUAUCAGUGCCUCCAUUCACAUGUCUGCUGAAGUGAGGAAAAUCUGUUUUAACUGUGCGUGAGCAUUACUAGGCGAGGUUCUCUGUGAUUUCUUAUGCUUCCAGUCCCUUCCCAGACAGUAAAUCAGGUGUGGUGUUCCAAUGCAGCAGAAUGUGGUGGCAGAGUCCUGAGGUGGUGGAAUCCACAACACCACUCAUGACAAUAGGUUGUGGGUUCACAGCUAGGGGUGUCAGAUAAUUCAGAUAAAAAUGAAAUGGGAUAGGCAGUUGCUGAUGUUCGCUUAUUCAUUCAAUGUCUAGAACUAGAAUCAGUCCACUGAAAAUGAUUGGUAUUUGCUGCUACUGCUGCUUUCCAUUCACAUACAACAUGUAAUUGAUUACCGUACAUCCGCCCCCUUCCAUUGGCAUUCUGUUUCCACUCAUUGAAAUGAUUGGGAUGGAAUAACCUAAUGGCAACACAACUUGCAUAAUUAAGUUACAUGAUUUCAGCACCGCGGACAGCAAGAUGAAUAGUGUAGCUUUGGUGGAAGUCAAGCUACAGUGGCAUGAAAACUUAGUUGCAUGUUAUGAAAAAGAUGCCUUCUUCCAUCCCUGUUCAUAACCUACAAAAUUAGCUGCAAAUACAAAAUGAGCUCAGUGCUACUUUUAUUUUUACAGCCACUUUUAAAAACUGAAUGAACACAGGGGCAUUCAGAAUGGGUAUCCCUUUAUGUCUGUAGCUCAGUGGCAGAGCAUCUACUUUGCAAUGAGCAGCUCCCAGGUUGAAUUGUCCAUGGCAUCUCCAUGGAGGUCACUGUCAGUUAGCAUAGACUAUGCGGAGCAAGAUGGACCAGCGGUCUGACUCAGUAUAAGGCAGCUUCCUCUAUUCCUAUGAAGUGAAGUCCAUUCCGCCAUCCCAGGACAGUGCUGUCUCCCUCUUCUUCAGGAAUAGGCCAUGCCUCCGUGUCAGCAAGUGCCAACAGCAUUAAUCAUAGGAAGGAGUUUGGGAAUGUGACCUCUUAUCUUGUUUUGCUGAGUACAGAGCGUGUUUCAAGUAGCAACUAGUGAAACCAAAUUCCACAGACCUCUCCAGCAUUGUUUGUUCAUAUGCAUCUUGGCAUCUGGCUUCGCUUAUACGAUUUCCUUCUUUGUUUGAUUCUUAAGGGUGUGUCCCAGCCUGCCAUAUUUCAUUUUGCUUGUUAACACUCUAGAAUAAAUAAUCCCACCCACUCAUGCAGGUCUAUAUGCACUUUCUCCUCCUAGUAUAGUGGGACUGGAUUAUUUAUUUUACUUCUAACAGUACAAAUACACCCAUACGCUGGCCAUACCCAGGUGAAUCAGUCUCCCUGGGAAGAGAAAGCUGUGUUGUUUAUGGGGUAGGGGGUGGGAAGUGGGACCGGACACUGGGAUGGUUUUGUGAAAUAGUGGGGCUCUAGGAAUGUGCAAUAGCCAACUUUUAAUGGUGCUAUAUACCAAGCCUGCACAACUUAUGGUCUGCAAACCGAAACUCAGACCUUCAACUAUCUACAGUAGCCUGCUGAGUACCAGUAUGGUGGUAUGGUUAGGGUGGUAUACUUAUACCCAAAUUAAAAUGGGGGGGGGACGGAUGAAUCUGUCUUUCACUUCUGUGUGUCUUUACCCAUUUUCCCCUGUUCUGUUCUGUUUCUGUAUUAACAAAUCAGAGGAGUGUGAAAUUGGGUGGAUUGCAAAGUUCUGAUCAUAUCAGCCUAAGAGGUGUGGGUGAAAGGUUGAACUCUUCAAUCAUGCCCAAGGUAUAUCCCUACUCAGUCACUAGUGAGCUUGGGCCCCAGUCAUACGCUUCCAGCCUAGCCUGCCUCACAAGGUUGUUAGGAGUAUAAAAACAGAUGGUGCUGGGAUAUACCUGUAUAUAUAUAUCCAUCCCCCUGAACUCCUUGGAAGAAAGCAGGAGGUGAAUUGUAAUAAACCAACCCAGAUGUUCAAUUAACCUCCCUUUCUCACUGCCUGGCUGGGACUGCAGAACCAGGAGGCCAGUUGAGCACAUGGCAGGCCUACAGGCUGGUUUUCCUUGGUAGGUCACAAGUCACCAUGCAGGCUUCAGUUAAACAAAAUUAGUAGACAACAUGAACAAGGGGACUACAGGACUGGGUAAAUGGUUGUGGGGCUGCAUGUUACUAUGUGUGUGUGUGGCUAGGAUGCAAAUAACUGUUCUACCUACAGACUUAUGAACACCUGGUAGAAAUUUCUGCUUUUUCAGUCAAUUUGAUUUUGAAACACCUCUUCCUUUUCCCCACUUGGUUUUCAGACUUGCUUGCUAGGCAAUCUGGGAGCUACAAAAAUCAAGGCUCACUGGAUGCACAGAAGUAAUAGUAGUUCUUUGAAUCCUGGAAUGUGAUAAUAGAGUGUGACAGUGGCCUGGAAGGAGUGCCAGUCUUAGGGUUCAUCUGUGCUACAGACUUGUUUAAGAGUAAUUCUCCCUUCCCAGGGAAUACCCUCACCAAACUGUUGUGCCCAGGGUGCUUUUUGGGGGAAGUUACGAGAAUCCGGUUGUACAAAAUCUAUACAAGUGUAACAUAGCUUUUGCUAAUACCAUUUACAGAAAAGCUUGGCCCUCUCUGGCAAAGGUAUGGCAUAUUGAAGGGGGUGGGCAGAACAGACAAGAAGCACAGCCAAAGCAUUGGUGGAUGUUGUGAGUGGUUGUGAUGCAGAACAGCCUUCUCCCACUUGGUAUCCUCUAGCUGCUUGGGGAAAAGAACUAGUGGACGCCUGUUUGACUAAGGCUGGUUGCCAGUGGUGCAACAAUCAUAGAAUCAUAGAAAUUUAGAGUUGGAAGGUACCAUGAGGGUUAUCUAGUCCAACCUCCUACAAUGCAGGAAUCUUUUCCCCAACAUGGGGUUUAACUCAUGACUCUGAGAUUAAGAGUCUCAUGCCCUACCAGCUGAGCUAUAGACUGUGACAUCAACAUGUGUCAAUGUGAACUCUCCCUUGGGCUAGAUAUGAUAGAUGCUGUAGAUUUUAACUGACUGCUGUAAUUCUCGGAAGCCCUGCAUUGUACUAUGUUUGAAAAUAGCAUCUUCUCAUUCCUACCUUUGUACAGUCAGGUUCAAGAUGCCUUUUCUUGGCUGCACAAACCCUGUGAGAGAGGAAGCUAUGGACUAAUGGAGCAGGUGAGUGCAAGGUGGGCUGAGCAACUCUGGGUCACAGUUUCCCUUUCCUGGUUCUCUUCCAAGCCUGAGUUUACCCAGUCAGGCAUUCAUGCAGCUCAGCGACCUAUGCCUCAGUGUCCCCCACUUAUAAAGUGGGGGCUCACCGUACUUCAAAGCACUUUGUAAAUCCCUUCUGGUUAAAUCAGCUAAUGCCAAGUAUUGUUAGUAGUACAGUUCCUUCAUAUUAAAAAGUAACAACUUCUUCCUAAGCAGCAAGAGCAAAUAACUUACUUCCAGGUACUUCCCCAACUGAUGGAGUGCUCGCUGCCAAAUCCUGUGUGUGCUUCACUCAGAAGUUUCACUUCCUCCAGUGGAACUUUCUUCCAAUGAAGCCUGCUUAGGAUUUGCAGCCCAAGGCCUUAGUUUGUCAGGUUUACUUUUAUUAAGGUGGUACUUUGUUUUAUGAGAAAUUCAGGCAAUGAAAACCAAGUCCCGGAAUGGUGUUUGCCACCCUUGGUGCCGUGCUGGCUGGGGUUGAUGGGAAUUGUAAUCCAAAACAUCUGGAAGCGGCACCAGGGCUGGUGAAUGCUGCUCUAGAAGUACUUUAUUCACUUGUUUACAAAGGAGCUCCCCUAGAUGUGCUUCCCAGGGUUCAUUUGGUUCAUUUGGAAUAUGGGCGCCUGGUCGUUUUUACCGGUGUUGCUAAGUUUACAGAUAUUUUGAAUAUAUGAUGCAUCCUUAUAACAAGUAAGACUGUUGAUCUUACCUAUUCCAGUAUUAUGACAGCAGCUCACCCAGGUCUUGGGUGGAGGUCUUUCCCUGUGCUGCCAUGCAAAAUCUUUUCAUUUGGGAAGGGGAGCAGUGUGAGAUCUUAAGAUGUAUGUGUAGGAAGAGGAUAAAUGGGUUCUCCCCCCCCCCCAACAUUCCUUGUGCCAUAUUUGUGGGCAUGCACUCCUUGUUAACGUGGGGAGAGAGGCACUUUCAGUGCAGACAAGAAUUCUGGUCAAUGGUGGUUUUAUCCGCGUAGCAAGAGAGGACAGGGCUAGGAAAUGCUUUCAGCCCCAAAUGUGAAAAUGCUCAUCAUUUUUCUUUCCCUAGAAUUAUUUCUGUCAAAAAUGGCUUAAGAUCUUAAGAUGAAUUCCCGAUGUUUCUCCCAGUUCUAAAUAUACUGAGAAUAUUUAUUGGGGGCUGGGGAAAUGAGCUGUUUUCCCAUGCCCAGCCUGUAUUCAUAAACACACCACCAGCUUUAAAAAUAUGAUAAACACACACUUCCGGUCUACCGCCAUUGCAGACCGGUGAGGAAAUCUCGAGCUCCGAGAUUCCCUUGCACGGUAAGGGGGAAGAGCUGUGAGAGCGACACGGACCCCCAAAAGAGCCCCAGAUCGAGCUUUCUGGGGAUGUGGAGAUUCAGCAGAGCCCAGACACGUAUCCUUUGCUCCCCGGUAAGCUCUAUUAAGAGCCCCGAGAGCGAGCAAAGUGGAAACGUGGGCUCUUGAAUUGGCUCGCUACCUUUGCCGUGUGAAGCUCCGUGCCGACUGCCAGCUGAGCGGUGGAUUCUUCCUAAAUUCAAGAUUGAAUUCAUUGGACACCGUGAGUAAAGAACUAAUUGGAAUUAAAAAAUUUGGACCAUGGAAAGGACUAAAAAUAAAGGAAGUCAGUUCUUUCCGCUGCGUUAAGCACGUUAGGUAUAAGCACUGCAGUGAGCCACUCCUUUUACAAGCUUUCUCCAUAGUAACUUCCAUGCAAAUGCAAUGGCAGAUCAUGUCUGAAACUAGGCUUUCCCUUGAGAAGCCCAUGAUGCUAAGGAAAACAUGUUGUGGCUGUUGCUCCCUGUAAGAGGAGUGUGAGAUAAACCCUUGUGGUUGCUGCUCCUUAUCAGAGGGGCAUAGGAAAGGGACAUUCUGCUAGACUGCUUUUUGGCUUGUCUUCAGGCACACUAGACAGCCAGCUCAGCAAAUCUAAGCAGGUUUGGGUCUUUUCAGUGCCUGCAUUGGAGACCUCUGAUGCCCAUGGACAUUGCCUUGUGUUCUUUUGAAGGAAGGUGGGCAAUAACCAUAGUAAAUAAAGUAAAAAGGUAGUUCUGGUCAAAAUCCAGAGAAUCGUGCAACUGUCUUCACAGGAGGAUUAGCAAUUCAGUUUCUCACUCAGCAGUCUCCUGUGCCAUGUUUUAAAAACUCAUAUUUCAUGGAAGGCUAGUUGUAAUGGGAUGUGAGGAGGUAAGACCUCACUCGGCAUGCACAUAACUCUUUGAAUUCUUACCUCUGAGUUCCAGAGGUCCCAUACUGUCUCUUUCAUUCCAAGAGUCUUAUUUAAUCCCUCCUGGUGGUGCUAUAGGAGGUUCUCUAAUAAUUCCAAUAAAUCAGCUGCUAUAGGCACCACUGAUAUUUUAGUGUGUUUUGGCCAACCAAGGCUUGGACUAGUUUUACCAUUAAAGGACAUGGGAGAAAAGACUGAGACUGUUACUCCAGCUAACUGGUGUUGGUGCUAAUUUUUGCGGGAUUUUAUUCUUAUUUUUAAGGAGUGUUUUUUUACUUGCUUCUAUCCCCAGUCUCAACAGUGAGGAAUGAGUAGUUGAUUUUCAAGAGACUUUCCCUCAUGUUCUUAGGGGCAUUGAAAACAUUUAGUUCUGCAGGAGGGUGUGUGGUUUCCUUCCCUGAUAAAAUAUAUUUAUGUGAAUAUGUGUGUGCUUAAUUGUAUAGACUGUUUUUUUUUAAAAAAAAUACUCAUUUGCCUGGCACUACUCAAGUUAGACAAAAACAGCCUGAGUAAGCCUCCAUUGAGUCACAAAGAGCUUACUCUUGAGGAAGUAUGUGUAGGGACUGCAGCUGGAUUGAAGAAGGGCAAGGCUGGUAGUUUCAGAACCGUCCAGAUCAUGAUUCUGGGAUAUGUGUUUAUUUCUAGUGAAAAAUUGUGUGCACUUAAUUGCUAAUAAUUCUUCCCCAUGUUGUGGUCCUUUUAGAACAACCUUUCAUAAACUUCUUCAGGGAAGUCUCCUUGGAAUCUCUGAGACCCCAGGAUUUUUUUAUCCCUAUGUUAUGCUAGGUGUUUCUCCUUUAUCCCAUUCUUUCCCCAAAAAAGCAGUUUUUGUUGUCAAGGUCGUUGUUUUAAUUUUGUAGAUCUCUGCUUGUUUUGUUCUUUUAAUUAUUGUGAGGAACUCUGAGAUAUAUCGUGCUGUUAUUUCCAUAGUAAUUACUCUCUAUGGUAUUUGUUCCCUAAAUUUCCUGUGAGUCCCAGGGGAUAUAGCAAAAAUACAUUGUGAAAAAAUACGAGACACCGGCAGCAAGAAUGUCUUUCACUGUGGUAUACAAAGGCUUCUGCCCCCCCCUUUUGAGAAUGUAAAUGAAACACACUGAUAUUAUUACUUCCCUUUCAUUAAGUAUUUGUACCAUUAAUAUGGCCUAAACAUCUUGUGACACAUCAGUCCAAAAACAUGUAUAGUGAUAACCCACAAGGGGUUUUUAUAAACACCUAAAAUCCUUCCUUCUUUCCAUCCUUCCUUCCUUCCUUCUUCCUGGAAAUGCAGUGUGGGUGUGUAGACUUGUCAGAAUGGGAUGCAAUUGCUUUGGUGGACUGCACAGGCUUAGAGCAAGACUUUUCAUGUCAGUAUACUGUAUAUUGAAAUGAUUAUGGUAAGGCUGUUUUGUAUGUCCUGAACUCUGCUAGAUUUUGACAAGCUACCAAUUCCGAGUGACAUGAUAGUCAAAAGGAUUGUGGAUUUUGCAGCAUGGAAUGGUAUGGCACUGUAUUUUGCUGCAGAUAGGAUGCAAGUUGUGUUUCCAGAGAGGAAAACAACUGAGGAAGGGGAAGUUGAUAUUAUUAUUAUUUUUUAAAUCUAAUUAUUAGUUUAAGAAAUGCUUUCUAAUAGCAGUUCUAUCGUCACUAGAACUAAAAAAAGAAAGGAAAGGAAAAAGAAAAUGGCAUAGAAGAUUCCCUUGUGCUAUGAAUAUUAAUAAUGAAAAUAGGAUGAUAAUUUAUUCACACUACCUUCCCUUGAAAGUCAUCCAAAGUAGAGGUGCAGAUCAAAAGUUGUCCAGGACUUUUUGGCAGAGUAAAGUGGUGUUGGCUUCUGGCUUCCACCAUCACCCUGCCAUAAAAACAUAAUUAAGAGGUGCUUUGCUGGAUCAGAUGAAACAUCCAUCUAUUCCUGUUUCCCACAGAGGUCAAACGGACUCCAGAAAGGCAGGGGUUAAAAAAGGACCAUUCCUCACAGUUUAUCCCCAGCAUUCAAUGAAUUGGAAGGUUCCACUCAGCUGUUGUGGUCAAUUGUCUCUGAUGGACAUUGUCUAAACCCCUUUUUAAUAAAGCCAUUGCUAUACCCUGUGGAGCAGACAGGCUUGCACUCCUUCCCUUUUGUUUUAUUCACUGUACCUUGGGACACCCUCCAAGCACCCUGAAUAGUGCGUUUAAAUCCUGGGCAUGGUGCCAGAACAUUGCAGUUUACCCUCCGUAGAGACCCUCCAGCACCAGGCUCUAACUCAGAACUUGGCAGUGUUGAUCUUAUGUUGAUUUCUUUGUUUUAAUUAAAGAAGGAGGAAUGUAUAUCAGAACUGUAGCGAUAUACGUAUACAGAGGAACUAUAGGAGAUGCAGUUAGAUGUAUUUUCAGGAAACUAGUAUAUUUGCAUGUAGAACUAACAUUUGGUGUUAAAGGCCUGGUAGAAGGUGGGAUGGGGAGAAGGCAGUAUGGGGGUGGGAUGUGGGGCAGGUGGAAAUAGACUCCAGACUGGAUUGUGGGGUAGGGAGGUGUGGCAGUUUCUCUGCACGACAAGGAUGCAGGUCUUCAUCUGCACAGAGUCUGGUGAUAAUAAGAAUAACGAUCGUACUUAAUCAUUGUACUUAAUCAUUGACACUACUAAAUUAUAGAGUGGAAAAAGGGAUACUGAAAAUAUUUCAAAUGCCUGGUAUGUACAUGAAGUCCCUCAUGGUUCAGCUGUGGCUGUAUUUGUAGGGAAGUGCCCUUUUCGGAAAGGUUUUGAGCCCAUUGGAUUAGUCUACUGGAUCAGAAUGGAGAAACAGUUUCUGGAAGGCUUCUGUAAAACCUAUGUAACUGGAGAUAAUGGUGGGUCAAAUGAACCACGAUUUAGGAAGGAUGCAUGUUAUCACACCACUGUUUUGCAAAACACUGAGUAAUUUUGCUGGUCUCACUAAUUAUUAUUAUUAUUUUGAGACCCUCAAAAUCCCUCCAAUGUUGUUGUUAAUAUUUUGCCUCAGGCAGCAACUUUACCUUCAUCUUUCUUUUAAAAACAGCAACCACCUACCUUAGUUUGUCUCUAGGCAAAGACAAAUAGACUCUCUGAAGCUAGUAGCAUUUGCUUGUUUUUAUCAUAUAUGUUGACUGAACUUCAGGAUGCUCAAUCUUCUGGUUGGAGUUUAUUGACCCAAGCUGUACUCGGUCACUUAGUGCCUUUUGACUUUUUUUUUUUUUUAGUUGAUAGGAGGUUGUAACAAAUGACUACAAAUGCAUGUUUCAUCAGAGUAAGCCAGUAUGAUGGUGUUCAUUAAAUGAUGGUAGCAAAACAGAGUCCCAGUUAACUCCUCUUUCUUGACUUAUCUGAGAUGGGAAGUGGGGAAAACUGACUUGGAUCCUGUGAUGAAUGACUGCAGCGUUGUCUUAGACUAUACAACUUGCUUAGCAUAUCAUCAAAGCCUGCACACACAUCACAAAUAUGCUUUUCCACAGGACAUUUGGUCAGUAGACUGUUAACAAACAUUUUCUUCCUUGGCAAUGCAAGAGUAACUAGUUACAUGUUUGCUGCUGUAGAAACCUGACUCCUCCCCUCUAGACACACACCUGUUAUGUCCAGUGUGAUUGUGUGCUGUGUGGAAUGCGGUGACACAGUUGUCGUGUGACUCCUUUGGGUAGCGCCAAGAAAGUUACUAGUGAUGAGAAGAACAACUUUUCCUCCUCCUGACCAUAGCAUUUUGUGACAUAUU